AUGAAAGGAAAUGGGAAUAGAGCUUACGUACAGAAGGAACAAGAAGUUAUUUUUGGAAAUGUUCUUGGUACAAAUUUAGGGCAAGGUCCCGCCAGACAAGCAGCAUUAGGUGCAGGAAUCCCUAAUACUGUUGUCAGCACCACAGUCAACAAAGUUUGUGCAUCGGGGAUGAAAGCAACUAUGUUGGUAGCACAAAGCAUCCAAUUGGGAAUAAAUGAUGUAGUUGUGGCUGGUGGCAUGGAAAGCAUGUCUAAUGUCCCCAAAUACAUUUCAGAAGCAAGGAAAGGAUCUAAAUCUGGACAUGACACUCUUGUUGAUGGAAUCUUGAAAGACGGGUUGUGGGAUGUUUUCAAUGAUUUUAAGAUGGGAAAUGUUGAUGAAAUAUGUGCUGAUAUGUAUGAACUUACAAGAGAGCAUCAGGAUGACUAUGCUAUUCAAAGUUUUGAGCGUGGUAUUGCUGGCCGAGAUAGUGGUGCCUUUGAAUGGGAAAUUACUCCUUUGCAAUUCCUGGGCCAAGAGGAAGACCAUCAACAAUUGUUGACAAGGUACUGA